AUGACCGACCCAAAGAGGCAAGAAGACACCGAGCUUGCUUCUGCAGAUGACUCCAAUCAAUAUGAAAGCGGGGGCAUAACUUCGACUCCGGUGGAUCAAAAUGAAGAGUUGAUUGACACCCGCGAGAUUGACCUUGCGCUUACAAGAAAGAUGGCCCUGGCCAACGCGGCAAUUAACGAGGUCGGGAUGACACCAUUCCAUUGGAAGUUAUUCUUCCUCAAUGGGUUUGGAUAUGGAGCCGAUACGUUUGGCAACCCAAGCAAGCACAUCACCGGCAUUUCUAUGGCAUCUCAAGUGGGGUUAUUGGUUGGUGCAGCCGUCUGGGGACUAUCAGCAGGCAUAGUCGGCCGCCGUUUGGCAUUCAACAGCAGCUUUUUCAUUUGCGCUGUCUUUGUUCUCAUUGCCGGAGCAAUGCCGAAUUAUGUCUCCUUUGCCGCCAUGGUUGCAAUUUAUUCUGCUGCUGACGGCGGGAACUACAUUCUUGAUACGACCAAUCUGAUCGAAUUCUUGCCCGUCUCUCACUUGUGGCUGACCACCUUUUUGGCAUUAUGGUGGGCAGUCAGCUAUACCAUCACGGGUUUACUUGCCUGGGCAUUUCUUGGAAACUACACUUGUCAUUCUGAUGCGACAAUCUGCACAAACAGAGAAAAUAUGGGAUGGAGGUACCUUCAUUUCACCUGUGGAGGGUUGAUAACUGUCUUGGCUAUAUUACGAAUCUUCAUGAUUCGGAUGCCACAAACGCCGAAGUGGCUAAUCACUCAGAAUAGAGACGCUGAGGUCUUUGAUAUUCUGAAAAAUAUCGUUGACUCCUACAAACGACCAUUUUCAUUGACUUUGCAACAGCUUGAAGAGCCAGGCCAUGUUUUGAAUGCAGAAAAGUCUGUCUGGUCCUCUGUCCGCCUUCAAAAACACUUCUCAGGUUUAUUUGCGACUCACCGCCUCGCAUAUUCAACAUAUGUAAUCAAUCUCAAUUGGUUUCUAGUCGGGAUUGUCAGUCCACUGUACACCAUCUACUUGCCCUAUUAUCUCGCCUCUCGAGGGGCAGACACUGGCUCCGAUGAUUCAACGUAUAUUACAUGGCGAAACUACGCUAUUAAUCAGGUCUGUGGUCUUAUUGGACCCAUCAUUGCUGGAGGUCUGGUUGAAACAAAAUACCUCGGCCGCGAGGAACCCUCGCUGUUGGCGCCGCAAUUACCACAGCGCUGCAAUUCGGCUAUACCCAGAUCAAAACUUCGCUGCAAAAUGUAG